CCCAGCGAUCUAGUAUAAAGUAUAAGCCUAUAUCGACGCCAGAUCGAGUUGGCCGUGCGGGCGCACCAGAUGGACAUCGACGGCGCGGGCACUAAGGCGGCAGCAGCGGGAUGGAAGGCGCCGGCGUCGAUGGUGCUGGUGCAGCUGUUCAUCACGGGGAUGAUCAUGCUUUCCAAGGUGUCCAUCGGCGGCGGCAUGUUCAUCUUCGCUCUGCUCGCGUAUCGCAGCCUCUUCGGCGCCGUCUUCAUCCUCCCCUUUGCCCUCAUCUUUGAGAGAGGGAAGUGGAGGGACAUGGAUUGGCGCGCAUUCGGAUGGAUCUUCUUCAAUGCCUUUAUCGGGUAUGCAGUUCCAAUGAGCCUUUACUUCUAUGGGCUCAAGGACACCACUGCAUCCUACGCAGUCAUCUUUAUAAACAUCAUUCCCCUAUUCGCCUUCAUCCUCUCACUCAUGUUCAGACUGGAGACAUUCGAAAUUGGAAGCAUAGUUGGGGUACUGAAGAUAGUGGGUGUUCUGCUCUCUGUGGGUGGCACAAUGCUUGUCAGCUUAUACAAAGGCAAGUCACUGCAUCUCUGGAAUUCCAUUUUGCAGCACCAAAAUGAACCGGCCACAAAAACUGCAACCAAUCAGCUAAGAGGGACAAUUUUAUUGGUUGCCAGCAGCUUUGCCUAUGCUUGCUGGUACCUUGUUCAGUCAAAAGUUCUGAAAGUGUACCCAUACAAAUAUUGGUCUUCCAUGAUAACAUGCUUGGUUGGAGGAUUUCAGGUAGCAUUUGUCGGAAUCAUAUUAAGGAGACAUAAGAGUGCUUGGAAGCUAGGAUGGGAUCUCAACCUUGUUACUGUUGUGUACUCAGGUGCACUUGCAACGGGCGGGAAAUAUAGCCUUAAUUCAUGGGUAGUGGCUAAGCGAGGUCCAGCCUAUCCCCCGAUGUUCAACCCACUAUCAGUGGUCUUCACUGUUGUGCUGGACUCCGUCCUUAUGGGGGAUGAUGUGACAGUAGGAAGGUCAGUUGCAAUCAUUUGUACUAUCUAUGAUGCAUGUUCGGUAUUUCCAACAGAAAAUGCAUGUCAACCCAUUAUCAGUGGUCUUGCUAAGCCGAAUUUGCAUGACACCCAAUUUUACAUACGCCGUGUUUAGUUUCAAAAUAAUUCUUCAAACUUCCAACUUUUUCAUCACAUCAAAACUUUCCUACACACAAACUUCCAACUUUUUCAUCACAUCGUUCCAAUUUCAACCAAACUUCCAAUUUUGGUGUGAACUAAACACAGCCGUAGCCUAAAAACACAUUCCAAAGUGGCAUGCAUAUUUCUGACAGUAAUGGAUAAUUAUCUACGGUGAACAACCACCAUUACACAAAUGGGCAACAGUGAACGGUAUUGACCAGGCACUAACCAAGCGGCAUAUCAUUGCCAAAAGAAAAGGCUCGAAAAAUGAUCAUAUUUUACCUGAUAUAUAUUGGGUUUGGAAGUCUUGAUGUUUUAUCUGAUAUGUUCGGCAUUUGAAUCUGAAUAUCUCUCUCCACGCAUGGCUUACGUAGCAUCUUACUUCUAUCUAAGCAUAGCUUUUUUGGCAUCUAAGGAAACACAUGUUUUCUUUUAACUCUAAUAGUUCAAAAAUUCAAAUGCAUAUUUGAGCCUCUAUAUAACUUCAAACAAAAAAUUAAUCAGAUGUAUAGUAGAUAUAAACAAAUUAUACAGUUUUGACAUAAAAAUUAUCUCCAACCGAAAUUAAAAUUUUAAAAAUGGUUUUGUUUUUCAUAGAAGAUCUCAACACUUCUAACAUAUAUCUUGGCAUGUAAAAGAUCUACAAUAAAAAGAUCAUAAAUUACAAGGUUAUAUAUCUCAGCAAAUUCUACGAUUUCGAUCUAAAGCUUGUCUUCAUCCAACUUCUCCAUUUUUAAAAAGAAAAUUCAUUAUGAUGCUUCCGUACUUAGUGGAGAGGAUGGUUCAGUCAUUGGGCAGGACGACUGUAUGCUCUAUUAUGUAACAGAACUAGCGAUGAUAUAUUAGUGCUGGUUCAUAACAAGAACCUAGUAGUAUUACGGCCAGAUAUAAAGGAACAGGCCGUGAUGGGAUUGUUACAAAGGUCAUUUCUGUAGUACUGAACAACAAAAAGAAACAAGUGACGAAGCUGGUCAUGUGAGCAGUACUUUAAUAUUCGACCAUAACAUUUGAUUUAGUUGCUCUCUUAUUUUGAAUGUGCAGUAUCAUAGGCACAGCAAUGGUGAUUGUUGGGCUCUAUCUUUUUCUCUGGGCCAAAGCAUGAGAAGUACCUAGGCAGUAAACAUAUAGUGUAGAUUCCACAUAAGUUCUUGAAGAUACAGAAUACACUGGAGUUGUAUAUGUAGACAAUGAGAUGUAUAUUUAUAUAGCAGUAAUUUAAAUGCAAAAACAAUAUACUGGAGGACGAGUGCUUAAUUACUUAUACUGUUUGUUUGUUUGUUGCUGAAGAAUUAAUGCUACUGCAAUAUUAUAUUAUA